AUGAGAUGCAAUGUUACGGAGAACAAUAUGUUCCGAUAUGAGGGAAUCAUACGGAAUCGAACUCCAGUUGAGGUUGCAGUAAUGAUCCAUCCUGAAGGCGUGCAUCGUAAUAAAUGGGACAGUCAAUCCGGUGGUACACCGUUAGUGGCUCGAGUAAGAGAGGAUACAUCUAUAAUUCGACACGACACAAAAUCACGCCUUAUGGGAUUGAUUGCACCUCGAGAAGCGGUGGAUUUGUGUCGCUUUGUUACUGAUCCAGAAGACGGAACUCGUACCGUUGUAAUGGUAAGUGUAACACAUCCUUCAGCUCCUCUAAGGGAAGGUGUGGUUCGCGUACACACUCAUCCUUCUUUACUUGUAAUUUCACCAAGUGGCAAAGACACUAAAGUGACAUCAAUUAUACAAGCUGAACUACAUUUGAUGGGUAUUCCAACUGGAAUUAUAGAAAGUCUUGUGCCUAAAGGUAUUCUCAGCUUCUUUGAUGACUUACGAGCGUAUUCGUCCAAGGAUUUGAAGCUGAACUUGGAUCAAGGCUUGACAGGAUGGGUUGGAUAA